AUGGCCAUUACGAUAAGAAGAGCGGCCUUUGCGGCGCUACUUUACACCACAACUGUCACAGCGCAUGACCACCAGAUGGAUGCGAUACCAGAGGGCGAUGCUAUAUCACCUGACCCAAUCGACUCAAUAUUAUGGACGCACAUCCUGAUCCAAUCAGUAGCUUGGGGAAUCAUCUUCCCCACUGGUAUGGUGCUGGGGAUAAUACGAUCGAAAUGGCACGUCCCUGUGCAGUCCCUCGGAACCGUCCUCGCAAUCAUCGGAUACUUCCUCGGCCAUAAGCACAAAGGCAGACAGUUCACCGAGAACAUCCAUGCCCAGUUCGUGCCCGUCCUAAUGCUCAUGUUGGUCUCUCAAGUUGCUAUGGGUAUUUACCUCAAGCUACACCUUGAGAAGGGUAUAAACGGGAAGAUACGGCAUGUGGUUGUCAAGGUGCAUGGUGUGGUUGGAAAGGCCAUGCCAGUGGUGUCGUGGGUGCAGUUUAUCUUUGGAGGUAUCACUGCCCUCGGCUUCUGCAGGGCGGAUCACACCGGACAAUGUUUGGCACACUUCAUCAUGGGAAGCGCUUUCAUCGCAUACGGCAUCAUCCUCUUGAUCCUGCUUCUGGUUGGACAAAUGUGGCUUCGGAGGACCGGAAGGAGCCAGGAGUUCUUUGACUCGCUCGUCAUCGCUGCGUGGGGCUGCGUGAACACUUUCACUGAACACCGUUGGGGAGGACCAUGGGUACACAACGACCUUCAGCACACGUCUAUGGGCAUCGUAUGGUGGGCCGCGGGUCUGGUCGGUGUCUGGCUGAGCCGAAAGCGCAAUGGACAACCGAAGCGGAACCUCAUUCCUGGUAUCAUCAUCCUGAUGACUGGCUGGGCCAUGUCCGCACAUCCCCAACAUCUCCCGAUUUCAACCAUGAUUCACACCAUCUUUGGCUACACGCUCAUGGCUGCAGGUGCCGCACGCAUCAUUGAGAUCUCAUUCGUGCUCAAGGACCGAGCUUCCGUUGCCACCGAUGGCUCAGACCCGAACAGCUUCCAAUACUUGACACCAUUCUUGUUAAUGGCCGGAGGUUUCAUGUUCAUGGGCGCCACCGAAGAGCAGAUGAAGCUGCUAUCAGAUGCGAACGUCACACACGUGUCGUAUGUGCUGAUCUUGUACAGCAUCGCUUUCUUACUGUUCCUCUUCGUCAACAUGCUAAUCCACCUCUACGCCGUAUACACUUGGGGCCAAGACGACAAAGCUGAUGCCGAAGCACCCCUCACGAACGGCCAUGCGAACGUACAUAUCAAUGGCUACACCAGGGUUGACCGUAGGGUACGAGAUGCUGAAGAAUUUGAACUGGAAGGCCUUGAUUCAGAUGAUGACGAUGAGGAUUCGUCGCGUCUGAACAAGGAGCACAGGUCACUGACUGCGCAGCAUUGA